UCGGGGAUCUUGGGGACCCGGAGUUUCCUCCAGAGGACGCCAGGUCACCAGAGAAGCCAAAAAUGAUCUCAGUGACCUUUGAGGAUGUGGCUGUGAACUUCACCAAGGAGGAGUGGUCUUUUCUGGAUGCUUCCCAGAAGAACCUUUACAGAGAUGUGAUGCUGGAAGUCCUCAGAAUCCUGGCUUGUAUAGGAAACAAGUGGGAAUACAGGACCACUGAAGAUCAGAUUGAAAGCUCUGGAAGCAACCUAAGGCACAUCACAUCUCACUCUGGACAGAAAUACUAUAAGCAUGAGGAAUGUGAAGAGAAGCCAUGUGAAUUUAAACAAUAUAGGAAAUCUGUGGUUUCUCUGAAAAGUGUUCACACACAAAUGUUGUUCCAAACUGGAGAUAGACCACAUGAAAAUACAGUAUGUGGGAAAGUCAUCAGUUGUUCCAGUGACAUUCAAAGACAUGAAGAAACUCAUACUGGGUGGCAACCCUAUGAAUGUCAACAAUGUGGUGAAGCCUCUUCUUCUCUCCCAGGUGUUCAAAGACACAUGAUAACACACAGUGGAAGUAAACCUUUUCAAUGUGAGGUAUGUGGGAAAGCCUUUCAUUUCUCCUCUUUAUUUAGAAGACAUGAAAGAACUCAUUCUGGAGAGAAACUCUAUGAAUGUAAACAAGAUGGUCGAACCUUUAUUUCACACCCAAGUCUUCAAAAGCACAGGAUCACACACACGGGGAAUGCACAUUUCAAAUGUAAGGUAUGUGGGAAAGACUUUGCUUAUCCCAGAUUACUUAGAAGACAUCAGAAAACACAUACUGGAGAGAAGCCCUAUGAAUGUAAGCAGUGUGGCAAAGCCUUUGGUAGAUCUGGUGACCUUCAUGUACAUGAAAGAACUCACACUGGAGAGAAGCCCUAUGAAUGUACGCAGUGUGGGAAAGCCUUUGCUACAUCCUGUCUGCUUCAUACACAUGGAAGAAUACAUACUGGAGAGAAGCCUUAUGAAUGCAAACAAUGUGGAAAAGCCUUUACUGCAUCCUAUGAGCUUAAGAGACAUGGAAGAACACAUACUGGAGAGAAGCCCUAUGAAUGUCAACAAUGUGGAAAAGCCUUUGCUAGAUCUGGUGACCUUCACACACAUGAAAGAACUCAUACUGGAGAGAAGCCCUAUGUAUGUAAGCAGUGUGGAAAAGCCUUUGCUGCAUCCCAUCAGCUUCACGCACAUGGAAGAACACAUACUGGAGAGAAGCCUUAUGAAUGUAAGCAUUGUGGAAAAGCCUUUUCUAGUUCUAGUUACCUUAACAUUCAUGAAAGAACACACACUGGAGAGAAGCCCUAUGAAUGUAAGCAGUGUGGAAAAGCCUUUGCUAGAUCUAGUCACCUUCAGAUUCAUGGAAGAACACACACUGGAGAGAAGCCCUAUGAAUGUAAGCAGUGUGGCAAAGCCUUUGCUAGAUCUAGUCACCUUCAGAUUCAUGGAAGAACACACACUGGAGAGAAGCCCUAUGAAUGUAAGCAGUGUGGAAAAGCCUUUGCUAGAUCUAGUCACCUUCAGAUUCAUGGAAGAACACACACUGGAGAGAAGCCCUAUGAAUGUAAGCAGUGUGGCAAAGCCUUUGCUAGUUCUAGUUACGUUCAGAUUCAUGGAAGAACACACACUGGCGAGAAGCCCUAUGAAUGUACGCAGUGUGGGAAAGCCUUUGCUACAUCCCGUCUGCUUCAUACACAUGGAAGAAUACAUACUGGAGAGAAGCCCUAUGAAUGCAAACAAUGUGGAAAAGCCUUUACUACAUCCUAUGAGCUUAAGAGACAUGGAAGAACACAUACUGGAGAGAAGCCCUAUGAAUGUCAACAAUGUGGAAAAGCCUUUGCUAGAUCUGGUGACCUUCACACACAUGAAAGAACUCAUACUGGAGAGAAGCCCUAUGUAUGUAAGCAGUGUGGAAAAGCCUUUCCUAGAUCUUGUGACCUUCACACACAUGGAAGAACUCAUACUGGAGAGAAGCCCUAUGUAUGUAAGCAGUGUGGAAAAGCCUUUGCUGCAUCCCGUCAGCUUCAUACACAUGGAAGAACACAUAGUGGAGAGAAGCCUUAUGAAUGCAAACAAUGUGGAAAAUCCUUUGCUGCAUCGCAUCAGAUUCACGCACAUGGAAGAACACAUACUGGAGAGAAGCCUUAUGAAUGUAAGCAGUGUGGAAAAGCCUUUUCUAGUUCUAGUCACCUUCAGAUUCAUGGAAGAACACACACUGGAGAGAAGCCCUAUGAAUGUAAGCAGUGUGGCAAAGCCUUUGCUAGAUCUAGUCACCUUCAGAUUCAUGGAAGAACACACACUGGAGAGAAGCCCUAUGAAUGUAAGCAGUGUGGAAAAGCCUUUGCUAGAUCUAGUUACAUUCAGAUUCAUGAAAGAACACAUACUAGAAAGAAACCCUUUGGAUGUCAACAAUGUGGAAAAACAUUUGCUUCAUCCCGUCGUCUUCACAUACAUGGAAGAAUGCAUACCGGAGAAAAGCCCUAUGAGUGUGAACAAUGUGGAAAAGCCUUUACUGCUGCCUAUUGCCUUCAGAUACAUAAACGAACUCAUACUGGAAAGAGGCCCUAUGAAUGUAAGCGGUGUGGGAAAGCCUUCACUCAGUCCUCUCACCUUCACUCACAUGAACAAACUCAUACUGUAGAGAAGCCCUAUGAUUGUAAGCAGUGUGGCAAAGCUUUUGCUAGUUCUUUUAAACUUCAAAGACAUGGAAGAGUGCAUACUGGAGAGAAGCCGUAUGAAUGUAAGCAGUGUGGCAAAGCCUUUGCUAGUUCUGGUUACCUUCACAUACAUGAAAGAACUCAUACUGGAGAGAAGCCCUUUGUAUGUAGGCAGUGUGGCAAAGCCUUUGGUAGAUCUGGUGACCUUCACAUACAUGAAAGAACUCAUACUGGAGAGAAGCCCUAUGUAUGUAAGCAGUGUGGCAAAGCCUUUGCUACAUCCCGUCAGCUUCAGAAACAUGGAAGAACACAUACUGGAGAGAAGCCUUAUGAAUGCAAACAAUGUGGAAAAGCCUUUGCUACAUCCAGUCAGCUUCAUGCACAUGGAAGAACACAUACUGGAGAGAAGCCUUAUGAAUGUAAGCAUUGUGGAAAAGCCUUUUCUAGUUCUAGUUACCUUAAUAUUCAUGAAAGAACACACACUGGAGAGAAGCCCUAUGAAUGUAAGCAGUGUGGAAAAGCCUUUGCCAGAUCUAGUCACCUUCAGAUUCAUGGAAGAACACACACUGGAGAGAAGCCCUAUGAAUGUAAGCAGUGUGGAAAAGCCUAUGCUAGAUCUAGUCACCUUCAGAUUCAUGGAAGAACACACACUGGAGAGAAGCCCUAUGAAUUCAAACAAUGUGGAAAAGCCUUUGCUACAUCCAGUCAGCUUCAUGCACAUGGAAGAACACAUACUGGAGAGAAGCCUUAUGAAUGCAAAGAAUGUGGAAAAGCCUUUGCUCUGUCCCAUCAGCUUCAUGCACAUGGAAGAACACAUACUGGAGAGAAGCCUUAUGAAUGUAAGCAGUGUGGAAAAGCCUUUGCUAGUUCUAGUUACCUUCAGAUUCAUGGAAGAACACACACUGGAGAGAAGCCCUAUGAAUGUAAGCAGUGUGGAAAAGCCUUUGCUAGAUCUAGUCAACUUCAGAUUCAUGGAAGAACACACACUGGAGAGAAGCCCUAUGAAUGUAAGCAGUGUGGCAAAGCCUUUGCUACAUCCCGUCAGCUUCAGAAACAUGGAAGAACACAUACUGGAGAGAAGCCCUAUGAAUUCAAACAAUGUGGAAAAGCCUUUGCUAUAUCCUAUCAGCUUAACAGACAUGAAAGAACACACACUGGCGAGAAGCCCUAUGAAUGUCAACAAUGUGGAAAAGCCUACACUACUGCCUUUUACCUUCGGAUGCAUAAAUACACUCAUACUGGAGAGAAGCCCUAUGAAUGUAAGCAGUGUGGCAAAGCCUUCACUCAGUCCUCUUACCUUCACUCACAUGAACAAACUCAUACUGGAGAGAAGCCCUAAGAAUGUAAGCAGUGUGGCAAAGCCUUUGCUAGAUCCAAUGACAUUCACAGACAUGGAAGAAUGUAUACUGGAGAGAAGCCCAAUGAAUGUCAACAACGUGGAGAAGCCUUUGCCACAUCUUGUCUGCUUCACACAUGUGAAAAAACACAUACUGCAUAGAAAUCGUAUGCAUGAAAACAAUUGGUAAACUCUUGUGUUAUCACUGUUUCACUCAUAUACAUGUAGGGAGUUUACUGGAGAAAAAUCCUUUGAAUGUGAAAUAUGGUAAAUCAAUAUUUCAUGUCAUCCUCAAAGACAAGAGGGGCUCACAGUGCUGAAAAUGUGUGUGUGUGUUUGUGUGUAUGUGUGUGUGUGUGAGAUAGAGAUCGAUCAUCAAUCGAUCCACUGGGGAUUUAGUCUGGUGGUGCUCUACCAGUGAGCUGCAUUCCAGUUCCUUUUUACUUUUUAUUUUGAGACAGGGACUUGCUGAGUUUCUUAGGGUCUUCCUAAGGUGCUGAGGCUACCCUCCAACAUUGAUUCUUCAGAAUCAGCCUCUCGAGUCUCGGGAAUUAAAGGCAUACACCACCACAUCCAACUGAAUAACUCUUUAAAUGUGAAAAAUAUCACAAAUCAUUCCAUUUUCCCUGUUGCCUUCAAAGCCAUUUCACUCACAUUGAAAAACAAACCCUCUGAGUUUAGGGGAUUUGCUACAUUCUGUCAGCUUCGUUUCCUUUCUUAUAUAUGAAAACACUCAUGCAGAGAAGCCCUGUGAAUGUGAGAAAUGUGGGAAAUCUACUAGUUUUCUCAUUUUUUUUCCUAAGGACUGGGAAUAUCGUUUUGGAAUAAAAAGAAUAAAUCCUAUGCAAGUAAGAUAUAUAAAGGGUUCAGCCGUUCUAGUUUUGUUCAGUUGUAUGAAAGGAGUCAUACUGUAGAAAAUGCUGAGGAUAAGCCAUGUGGGGCAGUAUUCAGAUUUCAGAGUUUUCUCCAAAGGCAUAAAAGAAUUCACAUCUGUGAAAAUCCUUUUUCUAUCUUUAAAAAUUGCAGUAACACUUUCAACUUUCCAGUUCCCUUUGAACAGCAUUUAAGCAAUCACACUGGAGAAAAGCCCUGUAUGUAGAAAUGUGGUGAGAACUUUGCUUGUUUCAGAUCCAUUUGAACUUGUUCAGACUUGAGGAAAAUUUUAUUUUAUUUCAUUUUAUUUAUUUAUUUUGAGAAAACCAGUGUAGGUGUUUGAAAAUGGUGUGUGCCUUCAUUUCUUUUUUCUUUCUUUCUUUUUUUUUUUUUUAAAUCUAUUCAGAGGUAACAAAACUGCACCCUGGGUUGGAGAGGCGCAUUGCAUCAGCAUGAAGAUUUGAAAGCAAUAUGUUUUUCUGGGUUAAAUCUCUCUUAUUGUUAGAUUCCAUUUUCCUGUAUCUUAAGUCUUUUGAGUCUAAUGUUUCAUUACAUAUUGUGUAUGUUAGUUUAGGCCUCUCCACUCCAGGCUUUGGUACAGAUUGGUGAAAUGGCUCUUCUGAACUUCUUUCUUCUCUUUCUUUGUUCAGAUUUCACCCAGGAGUGCUCUACCACUGAGUUUCUCCACAAUCCUUUUAAUUGUUAUUUUUUGAUAUGGGGUGAGGCUGGCAGCUGGGACCAUCGGGAUGUGUCUGUGUACCCUGCAGCUGGCCUCUUCCUUUUCCUUGAUUGCUUAUUGAUCUAUUGAUGACUCUGGGACCAUCACACUUGUCACUUGUGCUUGUUCUAAGGCUCAUGUAUUGUGCUGUAUGUAGGCACAUUAAAGAGCAUUAUAAGAUAAUAUCAUUUGUGUAUAUUGUUUGGAGAGGCACUUUCUCAAAAUAUAUUUUGCCCUAUACUUGAGUUGCUUUCUCUUUUCUUUUCCCAGUUCUGGGGACCGAAUCCUGCCUUGUGCAUGCUAGGCAGGCAUUCUAGCAUUGAAUGCUCCGUGGCUCAGGUGGUGAGUUUGCUGCUGCUGUGAGUGUGGACCCCACUGAUAACCACAUUAGCAGAUGCAGCUCUGCAGGUGUUUCCUCCACAAUUGCAGCUGAUCUCUUCCUUCUUAAAGGUCUUUUAUACCAGUGAAUUUUUUUUUUUUUUUAAAACUGCAUCCAGUUUAGGUUUUCUCCCCAUGAAUGAUACUUAGGUGGAAUAUGCAGAAAAGCCAGCCUUGAUUUCUCUCUGUGUUUAGAGUACCUCAGUAGCCCUGGUAAAAUUGUGUGAUGGUUUUCUUAAUACACACUGCAUGACCAAAGGCUUGAUAAGGAGCAUCCCAGUCUGAUGUCCUAAUUCAGCGGCACUCUCUUCUCCACCAAAUAAUCUUAAAUAAAUUCUGAAGAGACCUUCACCAUAAUUUUCUUUCAACAGAAUGUCAGGAAAAGAUUUUGCAAAGAUCUCAAUGUGGGUUAUAACACAGACUUCUGCUUUUGUGGCAAAGCUUGGAAGUCCUCUGACAAAUCUUAAAAUUGGUACACACAGCAGUUUCUGUGAACUAAUCAAAACAAAGAAACAUACAAAAAAACACCUUUAUGUAUACCCCUACAAAAAAUAUAAACCUCCAUCCCUGUCCCACUGGAUGUAAAUAAAGAUCAAUGAAAUUCAAAGCAGUGAUCCAAAAAAUUUUGUGAUACCCCUCAGAACCCUGCAGCUAAUCAAUGUGCUCCUGGAACCUGCCUUGGGUGUCUAGCCUCAUGUGCCCUACAUCACUAAUAAAGCUACAGCCUCCAAUCAGGUGAUAUUGUGCAGUACUUGCUGUGGAGAGGGCUGUUUCUGCUCAGGCUAAAGGAUUCAGUUACUUGUCCUAAGGAUUCAAAGCCUCUUCAGCAAAACCUCACCCACAACGUAUUCAGGUGUCAUGGAUCUUGUGUGAUCAUUGGUGCGAGUUCCUUACAUACUUGUGUCCAAAUAUUGAAGUUUGCCAACAUGCCAAAGAUGGGUUGAUUGUCACUGGUACCUCUGUUGCAGCCAUUUGCUGUGUCUCAGUGCUCAUUUGGAAAGGAAGGCCAAAAGAGUGUGCUGUGGCCCUUUUGUUUUUGAUAAAUACAGCCUAAGCCAUCCAGUAAAACUUCAUUAAAAGAUAGUUUUGAACGCUUCCCAGGAUUUCCAAAAACUUUCUUUGCAGCUAAUGAGUCAGUGUGGCAAUUUCCUAGUUUUACAUUUUUAAUUUAGUAGAAAUAUUGCAUAGAGUUGUGUGAGCACUUGAUGCAGUCUGGACUUCAUUGUAAUAAAUCCAUUUGCCAAAGGCAGUAGUUGCAGGCUUGUUCCUGGGCAGAAUGAGGGACUGGAGUGAAUGCAACUGUCCUGGGGUGUGGGCAUUGUUUGUAGGAGUUCAGUCAUGGUGAGUACAUCAGUUUAGGAAUCAGACUCCUAGGAGGGCUACAUAAUCUCCUGACAGGACCUGCCUGUCCCUUUUGGACAAUAGUGUUGUCAUGUGAGCUGGCAGGUGGAUGGUUACCUUCUGAUGGAUUUGGGUUUGUAGCUGAGCAAGUAGUGAGAAUGUACAAUGAUUAAAUGAGAAUUAAAAUAUUCUUUGUGAUACCAAAGACAUAAUUUGGGGGCCAAACAAAAUAACAAGUAACCUCUUGGACCUUGAAUCACAUAUUUUCCUUCAUGUAUGCAUUUUCUUACAAACUUUUGUAGUGUGAUGCUUAUGUGGAACAAACUGAGAUAAACAUGGAGAGGUUUAUUUAAUGGUACAGUGUACUAGAAGUUUUAAAGACUUGCAGCAGGCUUAGAUUCCACUAUUGUUAAAAUUUUAUGAAAGACUCUGCAAUUCUCAAAAUUCUUGAGAAUCCUCAGGUGCUGUGGCAUACACCUGAAAUACCAGUGGCUCAAGAUUCUGAGGCAGGAGGAUUGUGAUUUUUUUUCACUUUUUUUAAAGAGAGAGAAUUUUUUAAUAUUCAUUUUUUAGUUUUCAGUGGACACAACAUCUUUAUUUUAUUUUUAUGUGGUGCUGAGGAUUGAGCCGAGCACCCCACGCAUGCCAGGUGAGCAUGCUACCAUUUGAGCCACAUCCCCAGCCCAUCUUUUCAUUUUCUUAAAAAUUUAUAUAUAUAAAUAUAAUUUUUUUUCCUCAGAAUCAAACCCAGUGCCUCACAUAUGCUAGGCACAUUGUCAACCACUGAGCCACAACCUUAGCCCAAGGGUUGUGAUUUGUAAGGUGGUCUCCCUGGAUAACAAGGCGUAAAGAACUCAGUGAGACCCUGUCUCUAAGAAGUAACUCAAAUAAUAAAUAAAAAAGAAGGCUGGGAAGUGGCUGAGUGGUUGAGUGCCAGUGAGUUUGAUUCACAGUACCCCCAAGAAAAAUGCAUUAGGAACCAAGUUUUAAUAAACCGUAUGAUGGGUGGAUGGACUUGUCCAUUAUAUUGUUUUCUUCAUUGGAUUCUCAGGCAUGGUUUACUAAUUCAGGAACUCUGUAAAAUUCACCAAUUCAAUAAAAAGCAAGUGUAUGGUUUUAAAAAAUAAUAAUAUAGCAAGGUCCAUGAGGGGCCGCUUCCUGCUCUGGGAACCUCAGUAAUUGGUAGUCAUCACAAGUGGCCAUCAUGUCCUUAUCAUAAAGAGUUUGUGAAAGCUUCUAUUGUGCAGGAGUCUCUGAAGGUGCUAAAAGUGCCUGUCUUUUCAGAUCCUUUUGGUGGAGGAAUUCCAUAUGGAGGUCUCUGAUUUAGAGAUGAUGUCAUUGGGGAGCUCAAGUGAAACUGAUAAGUGACGAACACAUUGCCACAUGGUCCAGGACAGCCUAAAAGGUGUCAGAUUUUCUUGUCUUCAAGGAGUGUGUCAAGCAACCUUGGAGGAGGAUGUCAGCAAUUUACGAUGUGCUCCUGCAAAAACGUCUCUGCUCAGGUCAUUUGUGAAAAGCUGAUGAGUAGUCUGAAAAUUUAUUUGGUCCUGUUAGUGAUAAGGACAAUUUGCCUUAGAAUGCUAUUGAAAUAGAGAAAACAGAAAAUAUUAGCCAAUUCUGAGGCGAAAAUAUAUACCAGUUGUGAUUAAAUGGGAUCAGUAAUUUUCAUUAUAUUUGGUAUUGGGUAUGGAUACUUACAGACAGGAACAGAUCAUCAAAGUAGCAGUAAUCUACCCAAGGCAAAUGUUGAGAUAGAGAAUAUCUGUGUUUCUGUGGUUGGUAUUUUAUUUUUUCUUCUGUGAUGGUCAGUGACUGUGUUUAAACAUUUCACGAUGCCCAGAUAGAACUCUAAUUUUUCCAUAUUUAAUGAAUUAGAAAAUGUUAGACUAUUAAAUAUUCUGAGAAGCACAUCAGAUUUUAUAGGAAUUUUUAGUUUCCAUAUACCUUGUUUUAACAUAUCAAAAAAUAUAUGAAGUGAUUUAAUUAGA